GAUGAUUAGUAAGAAGAAGACAGCAACUGAUUUGUACUUAGGAGGGUCUCCUUUAACGGUUAGGGGUAAUGCAAAAGGAGUCUUAGGUGAAAAAAAGACGAAAAUUGAGAAAAGAAACACAGUCAACAAUAUCAAGAGAAAUAUGGAUAAACUAUUGAUUUGUAUCUUAUUUAUUAAUAGAUUUUCCCAGACUUCAACUGUUGAAUUCAUUUCUGCCCCAACUCGUGAAAUUGCCAAACUUGGAGAAAAACUUGCAAUAAACUAUUAUCUUAGUGAAACAAAGGGAAUUAGAUUGGAAAGAGUUUAUAAUCAAACUUAUAAAAACAUUUACGAAACUCCCAAUUUUAAUUCAUACUACGAAAAUAGAUGGAAAGUGACACCUAGCGGAGAAAGUUCAUCUUAUUCGUUUAUUAAUAACAACGUUCAAGAGAUUGAUGGUUUUACAAUAAACGCUACUAUUAUGGACGAAAAUAGUACUGAUUCGAGGAUAACUGCAAUAGUCAUAUAUGAUUCAAAUCCAAGAUUAUUAACAUAUCCGAGAAAUACUCUUAUGGAAGGGGAGAAAUUUAACGUUUACUGCAAUUUUGAUAUAUGGGGUUCAGCUCAUAUAAGUUUUGAAGUUUUUAUGAAUGAUAAACAGCUAAACUCUAAUGCAAUUAUAGUAUUUUCUGAUGGACUUGUAACUUUGAAAAGUUCAAUAAUUGCAACUCCAGAAAUGAAUAAUCAAAAUUUAUAUUGUCAAGUAAAAUUGUUCAGGUCCACAGAUGAUGUUUUCUCUGCUUUUGAAUCUGAAAAAUCAGAAAAAUUAAACAUUGAAUACAAGGUACGAGAUAUAAAAUUAGCAUCCAAUUUUAGCAAGUCGGAUUCCCAGGCUAAAACUGGGGAUGAAAUUGCAUGUUCAGCAACAGGAAAUCCUAUUCCAAAAUAUGAAUGGAGAGAGGCAUCUUCAUCAGCUAUUUUAACAACUAAUUCAAAACUUAUAAUUAAAGAGGAGUGGCAAGGUAAAAAAUAUUUUGUAUGCACUGCUUGGAAUAUUGUUGAUGGAGAAAGAAAUUCCAUAACAGAACGUAUUUCUCUUACAAUUCCAGAGAGUGAACUUGAUUGUAAAGAUAGAAAAGUGAUGAUAUCAGAUCCAGUUAAAUUUCCAAAUAAUAAAUUUUCCCAGUAUAGACAAUAUUACUUGGAUCGGGGACAUCUUAUGAGAUUAACACCUGGAACUAAUGCUUUUUUAUGCGGUAAUCCAAAUACUUGCUGGGUUCAAGUGGAUUUGACCGAUGUUUACAUUAUACAUGGUUUUGACAUGAGAGGAGGAAGGGGAAAGUAUACUACAACUUUUAAGGUUGGUUAUGGAAUAUCUUCUGUCCAGUGGAUGAGAGAUAAUUCUAGUAAUACUUUGAUUUUUCAUGGUAAUACCGAUGCUAACAAAUAUUCAAUUUUACAUCAUGAAUUGCCAAAUCCCGUUGAAACGAGAUAUUUCAGAAUUUUUCCAAUUACUGGUGCAGAUCGUCCAGCUGUUGCUGUUGAACUUUACGGUUGUCGUUGUGGGACCUUACAAUUAGCAAAAAAACAAAAGAAUGGCAUUCAAUGA